GCGUCAUAAUUUAGGGGGGGGCAAGUUUGCAGGGGUCCAAGUCCGCCCUUGCGCACGUUAGCAUUGACCGUCCCUCCGAUUGAGCCCUAAACAGCGAUCAGCAUCGUUCUCUCCCUCUAGAGCAAAAACUCGAAGCAACAGAAGAGAGAAAGGGGGAAUUAAUCGAUCGGAUUUGGAGAUGUCGAGUGCUGUGGAUGCGUCGGGUGACCCAAUCCCGACGUCGGCGGUGCUGAUGGCAGCAGCGAAGCAUAUAAACACCAAAUGUAGAGCUGAAAAUGUGGCCUUCCUCAAAUGCAAGAAAGAAGACCCGAACCCCGAGAAAUGCGUCGACAAAGGCCGGCAAGUCACUCGAUGCGUCCUCAACCUGUUGAAGGAACUUCAUCAAACGUGCACGAAGGAGAUGGAUGCUUAUGCCGGUUGUUUGUACUACCACACGAAUGAGUUUGACUUGUGUCGCAAGGAGCAGAAUGAAUUCGAGAAAGCGUGUCCUUUGGAGUGACCGGCAGAUGCCACCUAGAACCGGACUAUGCUCAUAAUAAUUUACCAACCCCCGACCUGAAAUGAGCAAAUUUCUUCCUUUCUUCUUUCUAUUUUGUUUUGGUGCACUUCCAUUGUAACUGUACCUGGUCUGGGAUGCCACUCACCUAAACUGCAGAUCAUUCCCGUUCAAUGCUUCUAAUACAACACUGCUUUGUUACCAUCAUAAUC